AUGGCCCAGCGUCAGCUUUCCCGCACGCUACCCAAAAACUUCACUUUUCCCUCGCUGAGUGCAGAGGGCCCUCGUACCCCCGAGCGUGAGCUUGAACAACUUGAAGUGCCGCCACCACCACGGCAAUCGACCUCCAGUGUCCGGCUGCCGCGUGUGCGCGCCCGUGCCGGCACCGAUGUCUGUGAGCGCAUCGACUUGGAUCUGUUUCGGUUUCGGGGCGCGCGCGCAUCUCCUGAUGUGCCUGUUCCGUCCAUUGAGUUCCCUUCGCGCGACCACUCGCCCCUGGACGCCGCCGAUGCUGGUUAUCUGACCAACGAUGACCGCUACCUCGCGCCGCCCCGCCAACGCGUGAUCUUCAAGACACCUCCAUCUCAGAUCCGCGGCACAACAGCCGACCCGUCCGAUGCCGAACAAAUGUGGCCCUCGUGGGAUGCGACCCCAGGCAUGGUGCGCGGCUUCGUGCGUCCCGGCUCAUCCUGCUCAGACUCAUCCUGUGAGUCAGUGGAGACCUUCGCGUCCCGGCCCUCAGUAGGCGGAAGUUGCACCAGCAUGGAGAGCGAUCACCUCGAGUAUUACUACCCCAAAGACGCAGACCGAGAAUCCCCUUGUCUUCCGCAGCGUCUGCCUUCCGAGCGCACUUCGGGCAAGGACAAGUCCUGGACGCGUGAGAUGGACAACCACCUCUGGAACACAUACCAGCUGUACUUGCAAGAUCCCACCAUCACCCCAUUCAAACAGACCCCCGGUACGAUUCCGCCGCUCGGGGUGACUGCUCGUGUCGCCCGCCGUGCCAGACGUACCUGGGACACUCGGCGAUUGGCCUUCCCCCAGCCUCCCUCGGACCGGCCUGAGGAGCCGAGUGGCAUGUCCACUCCCAAAGCGCAAGAGUCGUUCCCUCAGCCCACCUGGCCUCGAUCGGAUACCAAGACCCGUAGCCGACUCAAGCUGCUGUGUCGCCGCAGAUUCUCCAUUUCGCCUCACUAUUAUCGCAUCAUGCAGUCUCGCACCCCGGAGCCGAUCCCCCAAACAAGCGAUGUCCCAUCUGAGCCCACCCGCCUGCUGGAUCGUGAUGGUAAUUCAUAUGCCACCCGCGAUCUCGGGGUCUCACUUGUCUCAACCCAUAACGCUGUGCUGGCUGGCUUCGCGGAGAAUCAGCCACGUGCCGAGCUGCGAUCGGACUGGUUCAACAAUGCGAUGGAGCCCGCUGUCCAGCAAGCUCACCCGGCGGCUCGUCCGGUACCCGAGCCUCCUCGCCAAAGCUAUCCAUUCCCGGCUAUGGACGCCCAGCACCUACCUCCUCGCCUGGGAUCGCCGUUUAUGUACAACACCUGGGGACCUGGAGGUUCCGGCGGCCAAAGUGGACACGUUCCUCGAGCGCCCAGACGCGACACGGUGCAUAUGCCCCCCGUCGUCCGCGACGAUUCACUUGUUUGGACUCGAGUACUGUCCAACCGGACAAUGGCUUUGGAUGAGGACGAUACCGAGGUGCAAAAUCGCCUGGAGCAUUUCAUUCGCGAGAAUGAGCUCCAGAGCAUGGGCAAAGGCCGCGUUCGUAUUCGAAACCGUGGCGCCACCACAUCAAGUGCGGUUCCUCCACGAGAGGUCGAUCAGCUGUUCUCGCCCCCAUCCUCCGCGAUUUCUUCCCUCGCCGAAGAGACGACACCCGUGUCUAAGCCUCCUGUCAACUCUCGACUGAACAUCGACGGCGUCAACAUCAAGCGUCUUGGCUCGCCUUUCAAGCUCGAGUCUGCUCUCAGACAGCACGGAGCCCCCAAACGUGUCGGCCGCCACACCCCGUCGCUGUCGGAGCCGUUUGUCAACUAUUCACCCUUCAACCCACCGAUCGGCCCCUCCUUCAACUUGACGCCACACCCAGAACUCGAUAAGAUUGCCGCACCGCCAUUUCCCAGUCCCUUUGAAGUGGGUCUCCCAGACGCCGAGCGCAUUCGCCGACAGAUUCUUAUGCGCAAGUAA